AUGCCCAGUUGUGAGGCCUUGCAAGUAACAGGAUACGAGUAUGUAUUCCAAAGAAUAAACUGAUCAGAAGGGAAGAGAGGGUCUACUUCCCGACAAGGCUUAAAGCCAGACGCGCGUCAGGCCUUGAGUAACUACGGAGUAUUACAGCAGUAUGCUGCGCAUCGUGCUCGUCCCGACAUCGUCACUUCGGUUCGUGCAGCAGCUUCCAAGGUUUCAGCUCCUACCCAGGCCGACUGGAUCGCGGUGAAGAGGAUCAUCCGCUACUUGCAAGGUACCAUUGACUGGCAAGUCGAUAGGAGCGUUCGUCUUGAUCAUGGCAGGUGCAGCAAUUUCUUGGCAGAGUAAGCAGCAAUCGAUGGUUGCGACUUCAACUACUGAGGCCGAGAUCUUGGCUGCUUCUGCGGCAGCAAAGGAGGCCAUGUGGCUUCGACACCUGGCUGCGGAUCUCAAGAUUCAACAACCUGGAUCUACACUUCUCUGGGAGGACAAUCAGGCAGUGAUAGCGAUCGCACAGAACCCGGCUCAUCAUGGUAGGACGAAGCACUACAGUGUGCAUCACUUCUACAUUCGCGAGCGAGUUACGAUUGGCGACAUUCAAAUCAAGUAUUGCAAGACAGGAGCCAUGACUGCGGAUCUUCUCACCAAGCCGCUCGCUCGCAACUUGUUCGAACUUCAUCGUGAUGGAUUGGGGAUGGUAUCCCUUGGAGCCUUGACCAGUGGGAGUGUUGUGGGAAAUUAGUAAAGGGUCAGCGGUCCAGAGGGACUUGUGGCAUUGGGAAGUUGGCGUGCGCGUGGCGCGGCGCCGGAUGGAGGCGGAUGGCGGUGUGGUGUCUUGAUUGGACUCAGAGGUGGCUUGCACGCGGAUACUAUCUAAGGCUCUGGUUUUGUUCACUCUCUCCCUCUUCUUUAACACACACUCGAUAUCUAUCUCGCCCAUUCGCCUGCUACAAGUUGAUUGACCUUGGCGAUACUCUAUCUCACAAUAGGUCAUCUAUCAACGCCGCGUAG